AUGGCCAUAAGGCAGCGACCACCCAUUAACAAUGUCCAAGGAAAGCGCAAAGGCAAGGUAAGGAAGCAAGAAAGUGGCGUGAUGUUGACAAGUGGGGGAGAUAGACAUAUAAAAAGACAAGGGCGGCCGGUAGUGGCUGAGUGGAAUUUGUCUAUGAAUAUGAUCAUGCUGGUCAUGAUUGACAAGUAUGCCAUUGCCAUUGCCAAUGCCUUUGCCUUACAUAGCGGUGGGGGAUUUCAGAUCACAAACCAACUUGCUAUUAAAAAUGAACCCUACUUUUCCAUCUCUACGCGCAAUUCAAAACCAGUUUUUACGAUUGUGGGGGUUCAUGCUGCAGGUUACCUUUUAUUGAGGGAAGUUGGGAUUGGGACCUCUUUGGAAUCAAGAUCCUUUUUGGUUUUGGAUUGGUGCCAUUCUAACCUCUUUGAUGUGACUGCCCCUUUGGCCCCGUUUACCUUCAUAAUUCUCUCCCCUUCUUCAUGCUGCUUAACUCCACUCUACAUGCUAAUUGAUAACCAGGUGGCGUGGCUAGUUAUAAAAGUGGAGGCCGCAACGAUCAUGGCAACAAAUCACAUGGCAAAACAUAACAAUCUGAAGAAUGCUAUCAUGGCAUUCUUUGUCCCUCUACCCUCCAUCCUAUUCUACCUCUCAUUCCAAUCGGCCAUUAGUGGCUACCCGCAGUCUCCAUCUUCUUGGUCAACUCUCUGGACAUGGUGCUAUCACCAUCCUUUGCUAUUAGCCAAUGUCCUUUUCUUCUUCAAUGUCAAUCUUCUGUUCUGGCUCAUCGCCUUAAUCCAAUCCAGCCACUGGAUGAUUGACCCGUAUUGGACAGUGAUACCUCUGAUGCUUGUUCAUUACUACUCAACUCACCCUUUGGCUCAAUAUAACUGGUUGAGGUCGAGGAUGGUGAUCUUGCUGACUUGGGUGUGGAGUAUUAGGCUGAUCCACAACUACUUCAGGCGAGAAAAGUGGCAGUGGGGUGCCAGGGAGGAUUGGCGUUUCACUGAUUUGAGCCAUCAGUACGGAAAGCAUUGGUGGUGGACUUCCUUCUUCGCCAUCUACGUCCCUCAGCAGGUUUUUCUGAUUGGAUUAUCAUUUCCAUUCUAUGUUAUCCACUCGCUGAGUGAGCCUCUGGGCAUGUGGGACUUUGUAGGCACAGUCAUGUGUAUCUCUGGCGUUGUCAUAGCAUACAUUGCGGAUACUCAGCUUUACAACUUUGUGAGUAGAAACAAGGAGCUAAAAGAGGCAGGUAAGGAGGUGGUUCCUAUUCUCGAGGAAGGGUUGUGGUAUUACUGUCGGCAUCCGAAUUACUUUGGAGAGCAAAUGUGGUGGUGGGGAGUGGCUGUGUUUGCUUGGAAGCUGGGAGAGGGAUGGACCUUCAUGGGGGCAUUGGCUAAUACCAUAUGCUUGGCUUAUGUCACAAAGCUCGUGGAGGAGCGAAUGCUGAAAGAACAUAGCAGAGAAGAGGCGUAUAGGUUGUAUCAGAAGACAACUUCCAUGUGGGUGCCUUGGUUCAAGUCCUCUCCUUUGGGACUUAAAUCUAAGAAUGCUUGA